AUGAGGGUAAGGAUGCGUGUUCAAGAAUUACAGAAGUACAUUGAAACCCAUUGUCCUGGAGCAUGUGUUCCUGUGGAUCUCCUCAAGAUAGCGAGAAGCAUCUCCAGGCCAAUGAAAGGCAAUCGAACCCAACCACCCAUGAUGCAACAUUACAACCAUUUCUAUUUGGUCCUUGAUGGGGAAUGCUGCCUGGAUCGUCUUUAUGGUGGAUUCUUCUCAGACUGGGUAUGUGGUGGGCAGUGGAAUCGCAUGGUGCAGUUCCUGGCUGUUCUCAUUCAGACAGUCCAUACCAACUCUGUUGAGAUGGCUGUCUUCUUCAAUGGUUCCCUGGAGCAGCCCCGCAUCUCAGAGUGGAUCAAACUCCAGCUUGAUACCAGAAAAAAGAUCAAUUCGGUGCUGAGACACCUGAACAACAAGGCUACCCCACCACCCAAGGUGUGGUGGGUCCCACCAGUUUGCCUGCGAACAUGCAUGCGCAUGGCCCUGAGACAUCUCAAUAUUGCUGUCAUGUCUACCAUGGAAGAUCAUCAUCAGGAAGUUAUUGCCUUUUGCCGUGAGAACAACUUCCAUGGCUUGGUUGGGGAAGAUGUGGAGUAUGCCAUUUUUUGCCCACCUCGAUAUUUUUCUGCUCAGCUGCUCAAGCUCACUUACAAGGGCUCUCUGGAAACCAAAGAAUACAUCAUGGAUGAGUUGUGUAAAAAGAUUAAUAUUCACCCUGAUCGACUGGUGGUCUUGGCUGCCCUGCUUGGUAAUUACUGCCUUACUGAAGAUGAUCUCAGCCAGUUUCACAAGCGCCUGUGUCCCAACUAUGACAACCCCCAUAAGAUACCAUUUGAGGAGCUGAUUGAAGCAGUGGCAGAGUAUGUGCGUAACAGUCCAAGUGUGGAGAAUCUGAAUCAUGUGGGCAUUGAGAUUUUUGGGGCUCCGGAUGACAAACGCAUCCUCAAGCUGAAAGAUGCUGUGCAAUAUUAUGUGAAUGGGACCAAAGAUGGAUUCUUGCGGUAUUGGACUACUAGCUUUGGUCGAGUUCCAUCAUCUCACUACACAUCUGGGCAUGCUGGUCAACCCAAAGGGAAAAUGGGUGCUGGAGACCAUGCUCCUACUCUCAAGUUUGCCUCUGAACUUGCAGAUGGCGAGCAAGGGAGUUUUGGUGCAUAUCAGCAUGCUUCUGGGGGCAGAGGAGUUAAAGGAGACAUUGUUAAAUCACCUGACAUUCAUGUACUAGCAACAGAGUUGCAGCAAAAAUUGCAGCUUGGACAGGGUGAUGUAUCUCAAGUUGAUGCACUGAAUGGAGCCUUGAUAAGCUCAUCCUCUUCAACAUCCACUUCCCCACGCACAACCCCAGAUAUUCCUCAGUCUACUCCACCUCCUCCAACUACUCUCCCUUCUUCUGUUAUUAAGUCAGGUGCAGAGGAUGUGGGGGAGAAGACAGUGCCAACAGAUCCCUUGGGCUUCCCCUUGGCUUCAACUCCAAAAGUUUCCCCCGAAGUCAUGCGAACUGCCAGUGAGAGACAUCAAAAGGGCCUCAUGUCACCAUGGAUUUACCAAAUUCUAACCCAGGGUGAGUUGAAGAUUCCAGUGAUGGUUGAAGAUGAGAACCAUAGGGAAGUGCCAAAUAUUGCUCUCCUGUACCGUCCUGUUCGGCAAAUGGUCUAUGGCAUUAUCUUCAAUCUUCAUCACCAUGAGUUUAUGUCCAAGAAGGCCCAAGAAGAUGGCUCUGAGUAUCAAAUCCCUGACAUCAAAAUCCGAGAAUGGGUGUGGAGUCGAGCAAAUCCUUACCGGCAGCCAGAUCUGGUUGAACCUGUAAAAGUUGGUUGGAAGGUCCCAACUGUACAGAGAUUGUGGUUUGGAGGUGCCCUGGAUGAUAAGAAACGUCGCCUGAGAGCAUUCCUGUCAUGCAUGAGGUCUGAUCGAACAAUCAUGCUCAAUACCAGCUACGUUCCUCAGCAUCUCCUUGUUCUCGCCUGUGUUCUCAGGUACAUCAUGUCAACAUCAGAGCGAGCUAUUUUAAGAAAGCAGGAAUUGGAUGCCUUCAUUGCCCAAGCCUUUUCACCUCAGCUCACAGAUGCCCACUAUCUUCAGGACCUAGAGUUACCUGUGGUGACAAGUCGGGGAGUGCAGCUGGCCUCCAUGUUCAUGAUGGGAGUGGAAUCUGCCUUGUUUGCCAAUGAUGCCUGUGGUGCUCCCAUUCCAUGGCUUAUGUGUUGUCCUUGGCUCUUCUUUGAUGGGAAACUGUUCCAUCAAAAACUGGUCAAAGCUAGUACAGCAAAGAAUCUGAUGGAAGUGUGUGAGGGUCAGUUGGAAAUGGUUGCCAAAGUAGAUCGUUUGAGGCAUGCUGUCUUGGAUGGACUUCAGAUUGAUUUUGCGCCACGCCUACCUGUGUUCCAUCCUCCACCCUUCCCCCAUGGUGGGGCACCACACCCUCCAGACAUGUAUAUGGGUGGCAUGCGAGGCAACAUGAUCCCUGCAGGAGCAGCUCUUUCUGCUCGAGGACGAAUUCGAACCAUGCUUGGUCGUCGAGCCCUUCCUGCACGAGGGGGUCAGCUUGAGAUUGCAGGAGUAGUUGUUGGCCAGUGGGGCCCUAAUUACCCAGGCGGGGGUGGAGGACGUGGCCGUGGCAACAUGUACAUGGAGCCACAGGUACCGGUGAUGGCAGUUGGAGGCAUGAGGAACAUACGGGGGAAUUAUGGUUUCUACCGUCGUCGAGGGAUGGUUCCCUUUGGAAAGAGGUUCACCCCAGGUACUGUUACCAAGAAGCCCAACCCAGUUCGCAAAACAAAGGCCAGUGGAGGGAAGAAAGAUGGAGCCAAUGCCAGCUCUUCAGAUUCCAAUGAUGCCAAGGAGGAAUCCAGUUCCCCAGUGAAGAUAGAAAAUGGCAGUAAGGGAAGGGGUAUCACACUGGAAACUCAAGGCAGCAGCAAGAGUAUUCCACUGUCAGAAGUCCUCAGUGCUGGCGGAGGGAGCAAGGAAAAGUCAAGCGAACCCUCAGCCCAGUUUGAAGACGCUCUGCCAUCUCAUUCGGUGCUCAAUGGCCAUGUGGAUGAUGCUGGCCCCUCCUCAGAUCUCAAGAUUAGCUCCUCAUUUAAUUAAAGAAAAGAACCUUCCCCCCCCCCCUCACCCUUGCUUAGUAAUAUCUUUCUGUCCUGUCCUUCAUUUCUCUCUAGUUUCCUCUCAAGGUAGCUCAUCUCUCCUACACUUGAAUGGACACCUCCCACAAUGUGAAACAAGCCAUGUGCCCUGAAUCCCUGCCGUGCUUCUCUUGGUGAACCACAAACUUGUCUGAUCUUGUGAUAGGAAUGAAUAAGUGUUGAGUGGAUGUGUGGGUGAAUGUGUGGUGUUUCUCAUUUGUUUGGAAUGAGUGUAAUUGUGGCUUGCCUUGGGACCUCUGCUCGGCAGAGUGUAAUGAGGCGAGCAGUUUAGUAGAAGAAAAACAAACUGCCGGGCAUCCCGACGUGGAAUCCAACUGUGAACCCACACUCUCGAGCCUGUGAAACGGAAGCGUGAUAUAUUUUUCUAUGCUUGUUAUUUUGUUACGAGAAAGUUUAUCAUUCACUGUGCUGCAUGUUUGGGCAUAGGCGAGGAGAUGGUGGACAUUAGCUGGUCUUUCUCUUCUCUUGUUCUCACUCAGUCUUCUGUCACAAGUAAUGCCAAUCUGAUUCGGCUUUGCUUGCGAAAUGUCCCACCUUCAUUUGGGAUUUAUUUGACAGUUUCUCAUCUGGGUUCCCUCUGAGAAGAGGAAGAAAGGAAUUGGGGUUUAGUCACAAGUGUUGUACCAUGAAGAAAUUGAUUCCGCUUCGGGGCAAAGGAACGAAGCAAAUCAGAUGAAUUGCCUGACUGAAAUGGGCAUUAUUUGCAAAGAUCCUAGGCUGUCAGUCUGACGCAUGCAGACGAAAAAAUGUAUCAUUUUUGGGUGUGUUCCCAACUGUUGGGUUUCACUCACUUUGCAAAAGCAGUAUAUACUGACUAGCAUCAUGCCUUGUUGCAUGACUUUCAUGAGACUUGCACAUCUUUGUGCUUUCAGGCAAUUGUGGACCACGACUUCUCUGAUGGCAGUCGGAGUUUAUUCUCUCUCCUCUUCGAGUUCCCCCCUCCCCCUUCCUGUCCCUCCCACCCUCCUUUUAGAGUCAUGCAAAUUGAUGGCUGGCAAGGGGCACCUGUAAUUCCUCCAGCAACUUGGAGGAUUCCAUUCAUCCAUCUAUUACCUGUAUCUUGGUAUUCAUGUUACUACAUUAGGUUUAAGGCAUUUUUGGGGAGAGAAAUACUUUUUUUUUGCAUUGAAAAUCCCUUGCCUGACUGAGGCAGUGUUUUUGGAAUGAUUCAUCAAUAUGUUCUCAAAGGAGUUCUAGCGUUUCAAAAAAUUUUUGUUUUCCCUUUUUGCUUUUCUGUUCAUGUUUAUCCAUACACAAAACAAUAGGUUUAGCAUUGGAGACGUGUGUUUGUCAGCCAUUUUCAAGCCCUUAUGGUGUGAGGUGGGCUUUGCUUCUGCACGCAAAUCAUAUUUGGUGUAAAUAUAAUGGAAGAAAUGCCAGGUUUCCCUCUUGAGCAUUGUGUCAACUUCACAGAGAUAAAUUGAGGUAGAACCUGAAGUAAUGGGAUGGAAACACUUCUUCAACUCCUUGCAUUGUAUCAGAGUGUUUCCCAUUUAGGCACUUUAAGGGUAAUUUUAUCACCACUUCAUUGUUGUAAGUUGUAGCUAGGGAUCAUCUCUGAGAGGUAGAUGUUUUCUCCAAUUUCCAUGUAGUCUCUGAUUUUGGCAAGAAUUACCAUCCUUUUUUGGUUUUUGUUCCCUAUUCAUUGCUUCUUUUAGGUUAAGUGUACAGUAAAUGUGCAAAAAUUUGUUGUCUUCUGUUCAUCGCCCCGAAGAUUCAUAUGUUCCAUUUCGCAUGAUCAAAUGGAUACAGAAAUAUCUCCGUUGGAAGUGUUUUUUUUUUUUGGCCAUAUAGCAUCCAGGUGUUUGGAGUUUUUUGGUAUCAUUCAUCCUGGGAUUGUAACCACUAACAUUUACUCCUGUAUUUGAGUGUGAACUGAAAGUGACCAGUAUCAGUUUUUUUUUUUUUCUUCUUUUGCUUGAGGAAUCAGAGUGAAGGAAGAUCAUGGCUGUAAUGUACUUGUAGUAUGAAUAAUCCUGCUGGAAACAUGAUUUUUCUCUCAAUGUACCACUCUUUAGCUAUAUGUAGAGGGCCCCUACCCUUUAUCGAUGAAGUGUCAUGUCGUCUUUGACCUGUCCUCUAGCUCUCUAUCUUUAUAAAAAAUUUGGAUUCUUCUAGUUUGUUUCUCCACCAUCAUGCUGUGGAACGUUGCUGCAAAUGCUGGUCCUCGGAACGCCCCGAUCCGAAGGCACCUAACUACUCUUUCAGUGUGUUCUAGUUCUUUUGAUUGAUCCUUAGUCAUAACAGUGGAUGUAACUUGGUUUCUAUGGAUGGUAAGCAGCUCGUUUUCCCUCUCUUCCUCUGUGGAUGGAUACUCGCCUGAAUUGUGAUGGAUUGAGUAAGGAAUGAAGAAGCAAACUGUGCAUGCCUAUGUCUUGGCUGGAGGUCGGAUUUGGUCUGAUUUUCAUUUUGGCGAGGAACAGUCGGAAUAAAGUUUGGCAUUGUGGUGCAGUUUGCUUCAUUUUCUGUUAAGUAUUGCACUUGAACUUAGCAUAGUGCAAUGAUUCUCAAACCUCCUUUCACUCAAUUUAAACCUCAUCCAGCAUCCAGUGGUAUGUGUACCACAGUUUGGGAACUAC